UUCUGCUACGACAGUCUGAAGAAGGUGGUGACAACACACACACGCCGACACACACACUCAAAAAAAUCUGCCAAGUGGAGCAGCAGCUGCUCCAUUCAGGUCCUAGUCAGUGCGGAGAGACUCUUUAUAGUCAGUCGGACCCGCCGCAGACUUUACAGAUUGGAAAACCUGGAGCUUGUGUUCAUCAUAAACCCGGUGCGGGGGGAAAAAACUGAACGCAACGGUCUACACUUCAAGCCCUCCCCGGCUUUGUUUCUUCGGUCUCUGCCAUCCAUCUCACCAUGGACGGCCUGCUGAGCGGGGCCAGUAAAGGGGCCAGUGCCCCUCAGACAGCACAGACCUCAUCACGUCAUAGAUGCCUCUCGCUGUCCUUACCCCUGCAUGACUGACUGUUAGGGAAACAAUAAAGACUUAACUCCUCUUAGCUUGAACAAAGGAGCCAUGCAUCCGCUGCUAUCCUUCAGUGUCUUUUGGCUGCUGCCCCUGGCCUUGAUGCUGGAGGAAGACUCACCACUGAACUCUGUCCCACGCCGAUUUGUGCCUUAUCAUAGAGACAACGCUCGCCUGUUUCACGCGGAGGGUGUGUCCAACUACUCCACCAUGCUUUUGAGAGAAGACCUGGACUUGCUUGUGCUAGGUGCCAGGGAGGCAGUGUAUGCUCUUGACCUCAAUGACAUCUCCAAGAAACGAGCUUCUGUUAAAUGGGAAGCGACACAGCAGAAAAAAGCUGAAUGUCAAAACAAAGGAAAAGAUGCAGAGAUGGACUGCAAGAACUAUAUCAGGAUCCUCCAUAAGAUGAAAGACAACAGAAUGUAUGUGUGUGGGACCAACGCUUUUGAUCCAGAGUGUGACUAUAUGUCCUUUGCAGGUGGGGAGCUGACUCUUCAGAAGAAGGUGGAGGAUGGAAAAGGAAAGUGUCCAUUUGAUCCCUUCCAGAGAUAUGCCUCCAUCAUGGUUGAUGAUGACCUAUACUCAGCCACUUCAGUGAAUUUCCUGGGCUCGGAGCCUAUCCUGAUGAGAAGCUCUAAAUCCUCCAUACGCACUGAGUUCAAAAGCUCCUGGCUUAAUGAGCCCAACUUUGUCUCCAUGGCUCAGAUGCCAGAGAGCGACAAGAGUGAGAAGGGAGAUGAUGACAAGGUGUACCUGUUCUUCAGCGAGACGGCUGUGGAGUGCGAUUGCUACAACAAACUGGUGGUCUCCCGUGUGGCCCGUGUCUGCAAGGGGGAUAGCGGGGGGCUGAGGACGUUGCAGAAGAAGUGGACAUCCUUCCUGAAGGCUAGAUUGGACUGUCCAGUGUUGGAGUCCCAGCUGCCGUACAUCAUCCAGGACACGUACCGCUGGUGUGACCCCAAGCUGCACUGGAAGAAGUGUCUUUUCUACGCUGUCUUCACGCCACAGUCGGACACAUCAGACCUGUCCGCAGUGUGCGUGUACCGCGUGUCCGACAUCAGCAAAGUGUUUGCGGAGGGGAAGUACAAGACCCCAGUCCCCGUAGAAACCUCUUUUGUUAAGUGGGUGAUGUAUAGUGGAGAGGUCCCCAGCCCUCGGCCCGGAGCUUGUAUAAAUGACGAGGCUCGUAAUGCCAGCAUAACGACGACUCUGGACCUCCCAGACAGGACCCUUCAGUUUAUCAAAGACAAGCCCCUCAUGGACCAGUCUAUCCUUCCAAUAGGACAGAAGCCUGUGCUGGUGAGAAGGGGAGCUACAUUCACACACAUCAUAGUCAACGAAGUGGAAGCAGCAGAUGGCAACAAGUAUCAUGUGAUGUUCGUAGGCACAGACAAUGGCACAGUGCUGAAAGCUGUGAACUACGAUGGAGAGAUGUUCAUCAUAGAGGAAGUACAACUCUUCCAGCCACCACAGCCAAUCAAGAUUCUGAAGUUUUCUAAUGUCACGGGUCAGUUGUAUGCAGGCUCUGACUAUGGAGCAGCGCAGAUACCACUCGCGACAUGCGGGAGGUCUUCAUGCUGUAUGGACUGUGUUCUAGCCAGAGAUCCGUACUGUGGCUGGGACAAAACGGUUGGGAAGUGUGUUUCCCUUUCUGACUCGCAAAGUGAACUCAUCCAAAGUGUGAAAGACGGAAAUGCUUCUCUUUGUCCAGAGGCUGACCCUAUCAAGCCGGUGAAUCAGUCCAUCGGGCCAGGUGGCGACGUGAAGCUCAGUUGCCUUUCGCCAUCCAACCAUGCAAAAACCAUCUGGCAGCGGGAUGACAGCGGCCUGAUCCCCUCAGCGCGCUUUCAGCAUCUAGGGGAUGGACUCCUCAUCCUUAACGCUUCUUUCAGCGAUGCUGGUCGGUACCGCUGCUUAUCUGUGGAGCGCUCCAAAACAGAUAAGUACGAAACUACCGUGGCUUAUUACCACGUCAUCGUAGACGCAGCAGCUGGUAAGGACGGCCAGGUGCUGUAUCACGCCCAGACCGGAGGCCCCUCUGUCGCAGGACUCCAAGCUGUUGUCGUGCUCCUCGUAGUUUGUCUUCUCGCCCUUGCGGCCUGGAACUUUUACAAAGGCCACCUGCCUCUGCCGUGGAAGUGCGGAAAGAACAGAGAACAGCCCCAAGGGAUGCACGACCAGGAGGCUGUAAACACCACUGUGGCUUACGGAGACGCACAGAGGACUGCGCUGGCCGAGGACAAGCCCCUCGUGUUUACAACGCACAACAACUCAAACAACAACCACGCCGGUGAGGAGGGUGCAGUCGGUGCUUCAGAGGAGAACGAGGCCCCAAAACUCAGUGCAUCUCUGCAAUUCAUUGAUGACGAGUCAGAAAUAUGAAAAUGACAUUCACUGUGCUGAGCUCAGCUUCCCACUGAGCCUAGUUGCUCUAAACUAUGAAUUUCCUCUGGAUGUAUCUGUUCAACUGUGAUAUUUGAGAAUUUAAAUCUCAACUCAUGCACCAUUUGCUCAACCAAGUUGAGGCGCAACAGUGUUCCAAGUUAUUAAAAUAGUUUUGAGAGACCAUCAUUCGAGAUUAAACUCACCACAUUUGUUAUUCCUCCUUCCUCCCUGUGGUUUUAUGUGUAUGUUUUUAACUUCUUACUAAACGUUGGAAGGCCAAUUAUAGAUGAUGAUCUUAUCAAGACUGUUGAUUUUCACAGGGAGUGUUCAGAUCAACUGAAAUUGAGCCAUUUUGUUUCUAAUUAGUAGGUACAAAGAUUUUUUUUUUUAUAUAUAUUGUAUUAAAAGAUGUUUUAUAUCUGC